GGUUUCCUGUCAAAACGCAUAUUCUUUCUUUUGCAACUGAACGUCAUUGAAGUGUUUAAUUACAUCUCAAAGAAAUAAACAGUAAAGAUGGUUGCUAUCAAGAAACAGAAAAAGGCUUUAGAAAGCACCAAUGCACGUCUUGCUUUGGUUAUGAAAUCCGGCAAAUAUUGCCUGGGUUACAAACAAACAUUGAAGACUUUACGUCAAGGCAAAGCUAAGUUAGUUCUUAUUGCUAGCAAUACUCCUGCCUUAAGGAAGUCUGAAAUUGAGUACUACGCUAUGUUGGCAAAGACAGAGGUUCAGCACUACAGUGGUACCAAUAUUGAAUUAGGUACUGCCUGCGGUAAAUAUUUCCGUGUAUGCACAAUGUCUAUUACGGAUCCUGGUGAUGCUGAUAUCCUUCGUUCGAUUCAAGAUAAUUAAAAAGUUGCUGUUAAAGUAAAACUUUUUUAAUAAAAGAAAGGAGUUUUAUAAGAAAAAAA